AUGCUUUCUCGCUUCGCCACAACCUCACUAGGACUUUCGCGCUCAGCGACCGGAGUUCUCGCCAGCCAAUCUCGCCAGAUCUCUUUCGAUUUGAGCGAUACCCAGAAGGAAAUCCAAGCCGCCGCUCUCAAAUUCUCCAAAGAAGUUCUCGUGCCAAAUGCUGCCAAAUUCGACGAGAGCGGAGAGUUUCCAUGGGAGAUUGUUCGUCAAGCACACAGCCUUGGACUCAUGAACCCACAGAUCCCAGAGAAGUACGGAGGACCAGGAAUGACCACUUUGGAGACUGCUCUUAUUGUGGAGGCUCUCUCUUACGGAUGCACUGGACUCCAACUUGGUAUUAUGGGACCAUCGCUUGCCAUCGCUCCAGUCUACAUUGCUGGAAACGAGGAGCAGAAGAAGAAGUACCUCGGAGCCCUUGCCGCUGAGCCAAUCAUUGCUUCCUACUGUGUCACUGAGCCAGGAGCCGGAUCUGAUGUUAAUGGAGUAAAGACCAAGUGCGAGAAGAAGGGAGACGAGUACAUCAUCAACGGUUCCAAGGCCUGGAUCACUGGUGGAGGGCACGCCAAAUGGUUCUUCGUGUUGGCUCGUUCUGACUCGGAUCCAAAGGCCCCGGCUGGAAAGGCGUUCACCGCUUUCAUCGUUGAUGGUGAUACUCCAGGAAUCUCUCGUGGAAAGAAGGAGAAGAACAUGGGACAAAGAUGCUCGGACACCCGCACCAUCACCUUCGAAGAUGUUCGUGUGCCAGCCGAGAACGUGUUGGGAGCCCCAGGAGCCGGAUUCAAGGUUGCUAUGGGAGCUUUCGAUAUGACGAGACCAGGAGUUGCUGCAGGAGCCCUCGGAUUAGCAUGGAGAUGUUUGGACGAGUCGGCAAAGUAUGCUUUGCAAAGAAAAGCCUUUGGAACUGAGAUUGCUAAUCAUCAAGCCGUCCAAUUCAUGCUUGCCGAUAUGGCUGUCAACCUUGAGUUGGCUCGUCUCAUCACCUACAAGUCUGCCACCGAUGUCGACAACAAGGUCCGCUCAUCGUACAACGCGUCGAUCGCCAAGUGCUUCGCUGCGGAUACCGCCAAUCAAGCUGCCACCAACGCUGUUCAGAUAUUUGGAGGAAACGGCUUCAACUCGGAGUACCCAGUGGAGAAGCUGAUGCGUGAUGCCAAGAUCUACCAAAUCUACGAGGGAACCUCGCAAAUCCAACGCAUCGUCAUCUCCCGUAUGCUCCUUGGACACUUUGCCCAGAACGGAACUAGCAGAAUCUAA